AUGACGAUAACAUUACUAGUUAUGAACUUGACUGUGGAUGAAAUUGUGUUGGAUUAUUUAGUUAAAGUCCAGUAUGAAGAUCAAACAUCCUCCAAUGACAGUCCAAUUUUUGGCGAAACUGAAUGUGAUACCAACUUUAUCUGGGCAGAGGAUCUAUGGGCUCAGACCUCACUUGUAGGGAUUCCAGAAUGGAUGGUAUUGCCAGGAAUUGACAAUGUCCAGAUCACAGCCUCGAAUGGAGACAAAUCUGAAGCUGGACCAGAAGAUAUUACUUCACAUAUGGUCAAUGACGAAGAUGAUGAAGAAUUGUUAGCUUCUUUUGUUGAUGUUGGCAGUUGGUGCGACGAACUGUUUUACCGAUUACCACUUGAUGUCCCAAGAUGGGCACCUCUCCCUGGGAUAGAUUACCCCGAUAGACGUAGGAAUAGUUCGUACUGGAAGUGUAAUAUGAAGAGAUACACCAAAACCAGAAAAAGUUUUGAUAAAAGCGUUUUUAAAAGACAGUUACCAACUGUACUAGAAGAGCAAGUAGAAUAUAAUAACAAUGGACAUUCAAUGUUGUGUGUUCCCUUCAAAUUUAAUAGAAGAUAUAUAUUUUCAAGUAACACAAUUGUAUUUAUUACUUUUUGUGCCAAUAAUAUAUAG